UGUAUGUACUAUCCCGGGCAGCAUGAAUUGAAGUAAAUUUAUGCAUGCAUACGCGGCUCGUACGUCUUCGAUCUUAAGAUGUUAUAACUACACUAAACGUACUCAACCGACGGCCCGGCACCAUUAUCUACCUUACUACGUAUAUAUUUACACCUAUCUGAUCUAUAUCAUAUCGAUCGAUCAUAGCCGGCCAUAAUGGGAUCGCUGAAACUAAAACCGGACAGCCUGCGGCACGAGGACCUGAAGGUCACAGUCCUCGACUCCGGUCUCAUCUUUCCGCCGGAAGAAACCGAGAAACGGUCCAUGUUCUUGUCCAACAUAGACAUAGUCCUCACUUUCGACGUACAGACCGUUCACUUCUUCUCGGCGAACCCGGACUUCGCGCCGGAGAUGGCAGCCGAGGUGAUCAAGAAUGCGCUGCGGAGGCUGCUGGUCCCUUACGACCUCUUGGCCGGAAGGCUUACGAAGAACGCAGACUCGGGUCGGCUGGAGAUCGACUGCAACGGCGGUGGCGCCGGCUUUGUGCGGGCUUCAAGCGAGUUUGCGCUCCAGGAUGUCGGCGACUUGGUGUAUCCCAACCCUGCUUUCCGCCAACUCGUCACGUCCACCUUCGAUUUCUUGGGGAAACACGAUCAACCGCUCUGCAUCGUUCAGGUGACAUCGUUUAAAUGCGGUGGUUUUGUGAUGGGUGUCUCUACGAAUCACGCCGCCUUUGAUGGAAGCGGGUUCCAAACCUUCCUUCAAAACCUUGCAUCUCAAGCGCGAAACGACAACUUGGCGGUGGUCCCGUGCAACGACCGUUCCCUGCUAGCAGCUCGAUCCCCCCCACGUGUCACCUUUCCCCACCCGGAGCUCCUCAAGCUCAACCUUCCCGAUGGCUUGGAGAUGGCCCCACAAGUCUUCAACUGCCUCAACGAUCAACUCUCCUUUCACAUCUUCCAUCUCACCCCCACCAACAUUCACAACCUGAAGGCCAAAGCAAAUGCCGCUCCUUCCUUAGAUGUCCUAAAAACUAAGGUGACCAGUUUUAAUGUUAUAACUGCCCAUAUAUGGAGAUGCAAAGCAUUAUCGUGCGAUGUAGACAAUAAUUAUGAACGGCUAUCCACUGUGUUGUUCGCAGUGGACAUCCGUUCGAGACUAAACCCACCACUCCCACCUUCAUAUUCUGGGAAUGCCGUGCUCACAGCUUUCGCCACCGCGAAGUGUGGGGAACUGGAAGAAGGGCCAUUCUGGAAGACAGUUCAAAUGGUGUACGAGGGAGCGACAAGGGUGACAGAUGAGUACGCUAGGUCUGUGAUCGACUGGGGAGAGAUAUACAAAGGGUUCCCUAAUGGGGAGUUUCUUGUUUCUUCAUGGUGGAAGUUAGGGUUUGAAGGAGUGGAAUAUCCUUGGGGGGAACCCAAGUACAGUUGCCCUGUUGUUUAUCACAGGAAGGACAUAAUUCUUCUGUUUCCUGACAUGAAAGACCAGAGUAAAGGCAUGAAUGUGGUCAACGUAUUAGUAGCUCUGCCGCCUAAAGAAAUGGAGACAUUUUAUUCACUCUUCCACGAGUUCCUUGCUUGAUCCGACUUCAUGAAUUACCUAUCAUGUAUCUUCUUUUAAUCUACAACUCUUUGAUCAUGUUCACAUAAACACGUAUUGACAAUAUUAGAAACAAAUAAAAGCAUCCAAUUAUAUAAGAUGUCGUAUAUAUUUGUGAAUUGUAAUGUUUAUAUUCAUUUUACCAAUAUAAAUCAUUGGUAAAAUUACUUUGAGUUAGUAUAUAAAAAGGUGACUCCAUCAAUGUUCAGCUAUGUAGUGGCCUCGCCUAAUUCUACUGGUUUUAAGGCCUUUGAUUCAGUCUGAUCACCAAUGAC